CGGAAAGGCAAAAGUCGGCGGGUGCGAAUCGCCCCUGAGUCUGUGAACGGCGCGCGGUACAGUAUACCAGCAGCUGGCCAGCAGCUGAAGCAGCUGAAGCUUGAGCUACUCAUUUGAACAGACGAGAUCACAGCCAAUCACAGCACAGCGCCUUGUCAUUUAAUAUACCUAAACUUCCUGGGCGAUCCUCAGCAGUACAUACGUUUCAAGUUUGUAAGCCAAAGUUUCUAAACGUCUGGCCUGAGUCGUCUGCACAAUUGGCCAUGGGGACACUUUCAGAUCUAUAUGCAGCUGCGAGGCGCAUCAUCCUGGAGUUGCGCGAAGGUUUGGAGCGCAUCGAGCGGCUGGAGGCAGCUUCACCAACCGACCCAUACAUGCAGAAACCAGGAUCUUCCCCUGACAUGACAUCACAGCUGCGCGUCAAGCUGACAGAGUUGCAGCGGAUCAACGUCGACAUGGAGCAUAUGUGGAGAGCGCAGAUUGCUCAAAGGAAGGACAAGGACAUUUGGAAAAGGAAAGUUGAGGGGAUUGCAGAAGAAACAGACUCGUUACGGGGUGCCUUAGACAAGUAUUUGGGCCGGGAACAUAGAAGGCAAGCAGAAGCAAAGGACAGGGCAGAGCUAUUGAAGCGGGGGGCAGCUCAGGAUGGGAAACGUGUUAUGUCUGACUUUGAUGCCGAGGCUCAAGCCAUGGCGUCUGUAAAUACCUCAAAUAAAGUACUCGAGGAUAUGUUCUCUGCGGCCACGGGGGUCCUCGAAAGCUAUGCAAUGCAACGAGAUCGACUUAAGAAUGCACAACGAAAAGCUCUUGACGUCAUCAACACACUGGGACUCUCUGGGACUGUACUGAGGAGAAUUGACAGGAGGCAACUGACCGACAAGUGGGUCUCAUAUGUUGGUAUGCUCGUCACGAUCAUUGUUGUAGUAGUGGUCUGGAAAUGGACGCGAUAAUGUUUUCUGUGUAGCUUUCGUGAUGUCCGUCUGUUUCUAUCAAGAGUUUGCUGCCUCAUCCAUUGAAUCGGCGCUGGACAAGUGUCCACCAUAUAGCUGGAUGCACUUUUCACUCCAUGGUUUGGUAGCACUACGACUGUAUAUUGGGACGGUGCUUGUAUAUUCUGAUCAAGCUGGGCCUGAGCUGCCCG